AUGGGUUCUGAAACAGAACCACAGAUUCAUCACAUAGUUAACAUUCCAGAAAUGAUUGAACCUAUGUUACACGAACAAUGUUGCAUUUACAAGGUUCCUAACCAUCUUCACAAGUUGAAUGAAGAAGCUUUUACUCCAAAGUUCAUCUCAAUAGGUCCUUUUCAUAGCCACAAUCCAGACCUAAAUCAAGAGAAACAGAAACAAAGGUACUUUCAUGCCUUUUGGAAACGUUUAUCAAACAAACAAGGUUUAGCUUUGGCUCAAUAUAAGGUUUUUCUUGAAGAAAAUAAAGAGAUUAUUGCUAAAUGUUAUUCUAAGCAUGAUGUUUGCGUUUUGGAUAAGUUUGUGGAAAUGAUUUUGUUAGAUUCAGUUUUCAUUAUGGAGUUGUUUUUGAGAAAAAGUAAUGAAUCUGAACAGAAGAAUGAUUUCAUGUUUAUGACUUCAUGGAUUUAUAGAAUCACUCAAAGGGAUUUGUUGUUGCUUGAAAAUCAGAUUCCUAUGUUUGUUUUGGAGGAAUUACACACAAGGGUUUUGGGUGGAAAUUGUGUUAGUUUUAUUGAACUUGCUUUUAAUUACUUUCAAGAUUAUUAUCCUCAGAAAAAAAGCUUAAAAGAUGAGAUGAUUCGGAAUUGUGAAUCUUGCAAGCAUUUCACCGAUUUGAUUCGAUAUAGUUAUCUUCCGAGAAAGAUUCAGGAAAACGGUGUGAAGCAAUCGGAAAAUUUCAAUUUCACGAAAUUUUCAUCGGAAUAUGUACUUAGAACAGCGACAAAGUUGAAUGAAGCAGGAAUUAGCUUUGAGAAAGUUCAAGGUCGAAGCUAUUGUGACAUAAAGUUUAAGAAAACACCAAUCUUGAACUGGUUUUUGUGCUUAGGUUGUAUACCAUGUUUCAGAUUUGUGGAAUCUAAGUUACAAGUCCCGCAUUUGAAAGUUGAUCAAUCGACGGAAUGUGUUCUAAGGAACCUAAUCGCGUUCGAACAAUGUCAUUAUUCGAACCAACCUUUCGUGUGCAACUAUGUUUCGCUAAUUGAUUCUUUGAUUCAUACGCAUGAAGAUGUUGAGCUGUUGGUUGACACAGAAAUCAUAAGCCAUGAGCUCGGGAGUCACGCGGAAUUGGCGACUUUGGUUAAUUGUCUUUGCAGACAUGUUGUGGUGACAUCAAAUUGCUAUGGUGAAAUGGUGAAGGAACUGAAUGAACAUUAUACGAAUGUUUGGAAACAUUAUAUGGGAAUGAUGAGAUCAGUUUAUUUUCGUGAUCCUUGGAGGCUUAGCUCAACUGUUGUUGGAGUUUCUAUUUUCUUGUUUGCUUUAGUCAAUUUUCUUAAAGUUAUUGGUGUGUUUAGUCCUAAAUACUGA